GUUAAAAGUUCAUAGAACGUACAGUUCGUCAGCGCGAGCAUCUUCGGUAAACAGACCAGACGUCUCUUAUUCACGGGAGUGCUGCGCCAGUUUGAGGUGGUAAGGAAAAAAGUAAUACCUACAGCUAAAAAUGAGAUCCGCCGAGGACCAGGUUGUCGAAGGUGACGUAGGGUUUCAGGAUGACGAGGAGUCAUUUUUCCAAGAUAUUGACCUCUUGCAAAAACAUGGCAUUAAUAUGGCCGACAUCAAGAAACUGAAGUCAGUGGGGAUCUGCACUGUGAAGGGCAUACAGAUGACUACACGGCGAGCCCUCGGAAACAUCAAAGGGCUCUCCGAAGCGAAGGUUGACAAAAUUAAGGAGGCCGCCGGGAAAAUGCUGACCAACGGAUUUCUGACCGCUCUGGAGUACAGUGAGAAGAGGAAACAGGUGUUCCACAUCACCACGGGGAGCAUGGAGUUUGACAAGCUCUUGGGAGGAGGCAUUGAAAGCAUGGCCAUCACUGAGGCAUUUGGAGAGUUUCGGACGGGGAAGACGCAGCUCUCGCACACACUCUGCGUAACAACUCAACUACCAGGCGAGGAUGGUUUCACAGGUGGAAAAAUCAUUUUCAUCGACACAGAAAACACUUUUCGGCCAGACAGGCUGAAAGACAUAGCAGACAGGUUUAAUGUGGACCACGAAGCCGUGUUGGACAACGUGCUUUAUGCCAGAGCUUACACCAGUGAACACCAGAUGGAGCUGUUGGAUUUUGUGGCAGCCAAGUUCCAUGAGGAGGCGGGAGUCUUCAAACUCUUGAUCAUAGACUCCAUCAUGGCGCUUUUCCGGGUGGACUUUUCCGGCCGGGGUGAGCUCGCCGAGAGACAGCAGAAGCUGGCUCAGAUGCUCUCCAGAUUGCAGAAGAUCUCUGAGGAGUACAACGUGGCCGUGUUUGUCACCAACCAAAUGACAGCGGAUCCUGGGGCCGGCAUGACGUUCCAGGCGGAUCCCAAGAAGCCCAUUGGAGGUCACAUCCUGGCCCACGCCUCUACCACCCGAAUCAGCUUGAGGAAAGGACGAGGCGAGAUGAGAAUAGCCAAGAUCUUCGACAGUCCUGACAUGCCAGAGAGUGAGGCCACAUUUUCAAUCACCGCUGGAGGGAUUUCAGAUGCCAAAGAAUGAAGUAGAUUUACUGAAGGGUGGAGAAGUGUCGAGGGAAAACGUUCAUUGCCCAUGGCAUGUGCCCCAGCAUGUGUUUACUGUUUAUCAUUGCUCAUAACUUACAUAACUCACUGUUAUUUGUUAUUUAUUCAUUGUUAUUUAUUAUAUAAGAAAAAAACAAUGCAAUUGUUUUUGUAUUAAUUGUAAAUAAAUAUUUAUU